UAGUGGAGAAAAUUAACUCUUCUCGUCUUGAGUCUUGACCUUCUUCUCUAACACGCAAAGCUUUCUUUCUCCUGUGUGGCGGCGCCGGGAAACUUAUCGGGAGCUAGGGUUUACGGCGGGCGGAGAUGUCGGCGUACGACGAGGUGGAGAUCGAGGACAUGGAGUGGAACGCGGAGCUGGGGGCGUACACGUACCCGUGCCCCUGCGGCGACCUCUUCCAGAUCACGCUCGCGGACCUCCGCCUCGGGGAGGAGAUCGCGCGAUGCCCGUCCUGCUCGCUCUUCCUCACCGUCGUCUACAGCGCCGAGGACUUCGCCGACGCCAAGGAGCCGCCGGCCCCGCAGCCCGUCGCCGUCGCCUGAGGAAACGACGCGCACGACGAGACGGACGGAUGAUGGUUUCAGGCUCGCAGCUGGGUAAGACCUGAGAGUGGUUGUCCAACAUACACGGGAGCAUUUGUACUUGUAAGAUGAGAAACUCGAGGCAUAAUAUCAGCAUUUGGUUGUUCAAUUGAGUUAUCAGUAACUCUUUAUGGACGCCCUCCUUUGUUACAUAGUUAUCAUCAAUUACUAGUGCUCCUAAAUUUUUGUCCCAAAUUUUCUGACGCCCCAACUUGUCUGUAACAUAUGAUAAUAACAGUGGUUCUGCCAUAAUCUUUCAUUCUAGUGCCUCGUGGCAUUCUGUUA